AUGGCUUUGGUCGAGACUUGGUCGAACAUGAACGCGUUCAGCUUGCACCCGCAAGAGGUGCUGAUGGCACCAGUGAACGAGGAUGCGGUGGAGGUUCUGGCGUACGCCAGCGAGCUUGUGGUGGCUACAGGGCAGAGGCUGCGAGAGGAGCCCGGGUUGAACUGGAAGAAGGUCCUCGAAACAGGCCUUCGAGAGAUGUUUCCCAACCACGAAUCUGUCGGCGCUUCCAGGCGAAACGCACAAGGGCGUGGACAACCUUCCCACUCAUCGUGGACAUGGGUGACGGGAAACAGCGACUAUCUGCCAGAGGAGGCGAUCCUCGUCCUGUUCGCAUCCUCACUCGAAGGUGAUGCGAUUGCGGUCGUUUUCGAUCCAUGGCGCGAUGAGCUGUUCACGGCCAUGAAGCAGCAUGGUGCUGAGCUGAAUGGUAUGCCGCUCUCAGGCCGUCAUCGUUCGGGUCACCUGCGCGAUGUCAUCAUAGGAACAGAGGCCUCGGGCGAUCCGAGGCGGUCGCUGCAAAGCCUCCGCGGUUUGUACUACGCGGGGCCGCCUCGUUCUGCUGGUGUUCGGGUUUUCCCAAGUGCUGCUCUAGGCCUUGCAUGGGUGGCAUGCGGCCGACUGGGCACGUUCGUGGCAGCGCCAGGUGCAGAGCUGGCUGCGGGCCAGCUCCUGGUUGCAGAAAGUGGAGGUGUUCUCCGCACCGACUCGCCAGGUGGAUGGACACUCUCGGCACAAAGUGAGGAACUUCUGUCCGAGCUUCGCUUGAUGCUGAGCGAAGCAAACGCCAUAUAG